UAAAAGUUGACAAUGGUGCCAAGGUAUAAAAGUAAAUAUUGCAGAAUAGAUGAAUAGAGGUAAAGGUCCGGAAUAGAUUUUAAAUUGCCUGUUCUACUUGAGAUGUUGGAUAUUUUCUAAGCUUAUUGACAAAACUUAGCUCUGCGUUCUUUGGUCGCAAUAUUAAAGGUAUGGAACCGGUUAAUGAUUGGAUAAAUUUUUUAUGACGUCAUAUGGUAAAUUUUUGCCUGAACGAGGCGCGCUUCCAUAGACCUGAAGAAAUCUUCAAGAAUAGUGGAAUGGAGUAAUGGCUAAGAAAAUAAAUUCGAAGAUUCUUCUCAUAUUUACGUUUCAAGUUGCUAUAUUUAGCGUAUCAGUGGAAGGAGGUUAUUUGGGAUGUUAUAAAGAAAGCGUACCGGUGCGAUUUUUCAACAGGAAUCCCGGUGUUAUAAGGACGUCAACAUUAACACCGCAGAAAUGUUAUACGGUUUGUGGAGGGCUAGGCUAUGAUUAUGCAGCAUUAGGAAUGGGGAAGUUUUGUUUCUGCUCGUACACGUCACCAGAUGGCACUUUGGCUAUAGAUGGGCCGGAUACAAAAUGCACCUCACCAUGUCCUGGUGAUCCUGGGCAGAGUUGCGGGUCAGCAGCAUAUGUUAAUGUUUAUAAAACUCCUAUUGCCGUUACACAUACAAUGAACGCUGCACCAAAAAUAGCGGCAUCUGGCAACGCUAUAACUCUCACACCGGUAACCGAACCAUACGGGAUUGGAUUUGACAUGCGCAUUAACUACGAUGAUAAAGCCGGAAAAACUGAAUACGCUGAGAAUGGAACGGGCAUCUUGGGUCACGUGUUCGCCAUGGCCAGUCAAUAUAGAAUUCUCUCUUUCGUCACGGACGUCGGAAAUUUGCUGCCAGAUUCCGAGUCGGCAAUAGCUGUUGUGGUAGACAGCGCCCCAGUUGGUGUGACAGUGUUGUGUCCAACCGACAUGGCGACUUAUGACGUAUAUGAAUGUAUCAUUCAAGUUGCACGUGGCACAAAUAUGAAGGUUGAUAUCUCGUACACAGACGGAAAUCCGGGAGCAUUGAAAACUGAUUCUUUUGAAAUAUCAGAUGCAACGGAAUAUUGGAUUGGUAAUUUCGUGCGGCAGCCUAUUCUGACAGCUCCUACUGCCUCGGCAACAAGCACGGCGGGACUGAUUAUUCACCAUGGUUAUCCAGCACAAGUUAAUGGUUUACUUGUUACUGUUGAGUACUACGGUUUAGGUACAGGAACGAUUAACAUGCAUGUGUACCGUCCGAAUUGCGGAGGACUGAUGUAUUGUUUUGAUUCAAAUACAUGUCAAACCUCGUGCGAUUCGCUGUGUGGUGGCAAUUAUUGUUUUGAAAUGAACAGCUGCUGUGGAAGUCCUACUGCCCGCUCUACGACCCUCUUGGCCAGCUAUACAUUGAUUCACACAAUAUCUGUGUCUAUAAGUCCGGGAUAUGGUCUGGUCGCCCUUACACCAACCUACGAUGUUCAACUCGGUGACGUUAUAGCACAUGAUGGUCAGGCAUCCCCGUUAAUUGCCAGCACUGCCCCUGGUGUUCCGCUUGGCACAGUAAAUGACUAUUAUUGUUCGGGUCAGGUAGCACCAUCUACCGUAGGUUUAAGUAACUGUGUACUAACUACAGAGGUUCAUCAACUGAGAGCCAUAUACGCGGAGACUUCAGAAGUUAUAUACCCGCUCGAAUUCACCAUGCCAGGAAACGUUUCUUUCGAGGUAACAGUUUCUAACCUCGAUCAAACUAAUGUAGCCGGAAGUGAAGUAGGUUCAACAAAUAUAAUGGUGUGGGAAGGUGUAAAUGCCACAAUUAUAGAUGUGCCGGAAUAUUUCGCUGCUAACGUCGCGACCAACGUCAUGGUUGAGUCAUAUACAGGCAAACCCGCCAAUGUGGCCUGGGAUUUUGGAAACGGCCAGCAAUCUGGAACCGACCUCGAUACUCCAACACACACGUACCUUACGACUGGAUCAUAUAAUAUAUCAGUUAAUAUUUCUAACGCCGUUAGUUUCAAGUUUAAUUAUACAACUAUUACUGUGGAAGAAACCAUAACCGGGUUGGUUGUUAAUUCUCCAGGGAGCAUUAUUGAAGUAGACGCAGUUACGAAUAUAAAUGUUGGUAUGACAUCCGGCAGCGAUUAUGUAUGUGACUUUGAAUUUUCAUAUGACGAUGGCAGUACCAUCUCUUUACAAAGAACAGAGUUAGAAGGGUUGAUCUUUGACCAUACUUUCACUGUUGCCGGUUCUCUCACAUUGAAUGUUAAUUGCUCUAAUCAUUUAGGCUCCGAACAAGCAUCAGUCACAUCACAGGCAGUAGAACCUUUGACAACAGUGGCAUUGACUCCACCAGGUGCCAAGGCAGGGGAUGAGUUCUAUUUUCUACUGACAUGGGUCAAAGGCACCGAUGUCACACUUCUGACGUUCAAAUACGAUGAUGUUAAUAUCCCUAUGGUUGUGAACAAUACUCUUCGCCAUGCUAGGUCAGUAGAUCCUCGAACAGAAAUGGUCACAGGGAGCCACACUAUUGAGUAUCAACUUCAAAACCCUCUCGGCUCAGUAUCAGUGCCAUCAACUGAUUUCGUCAUAGAAAUAGAGAUGUCCAAUGUCGUUGUUGACUGUUUCUUUCCGAACGAAUCUCAAGCAGUGUCUUCGGAGUAUAUAAUCAUACCCUUGGGUACCGAUGUUAGGGUUACCGUAGGUAUGGAUGCUGGAACAAGCGUAGCUAUUGAUAUAGAUUUUGGUGAUAGCAACACUGUAUCGCAAUCUGCUUCAACAGGAAUGCCGUGGGCAACCGCUGAACCGACAUUCGGCUUUCCGAUAGUACAUACAUUUUCAGUUGCAGGUUAUUACCAGAUAGAAGUCAAAGUGGGCAACUCGUUCAGCACCGUGAUAAAUACAUACACGACUGCAGUAAUGGUUGGCGUUGAUAACACCGAAAUAAAUAGUGUUGUGCCUGUGAGGUUUGGACCACCGGCGUUUUUGAAUUUUACAUUUACAGUUCCCCCACCUAUUCCUAACGACGUUUCGUGUUAUAUUGAGUGGGGUGACGGAAAUUACGACAACUACUAUCCAUGUGACCUGACAGCUACUUUUCCUCAUACAUAUCUAGACGCCGACGGGACUUUGGAGUUGAAAUAUCGAUUAGAAAACCUAGUAUCGUCCAAGGAAGGUACAAUCCCAGUAUACAUUGUGACUCCCAUCAUUGAUAACCGUUGCAGCGUUGGUAAAACGGCCGGCAUUCCAGGUGUUCCUAUUGACCUUGUUUUCACAUCAUGGCGUGCUCCACCCCCCGGUGAACUAAACAUCACGUUUGAUUGUGACAUUUUAGUUCCGGGCGUCCUGACAACAAGAACACGACAGAACGAGAGCCCUGAUGGACAAGAUACAGAGAGUUGCACAUAUGCCACAACCGGAACAUACACGAUGUCCAUUCGAGCUGUGAGUCUAAUGGAGGAUAAAACCUGUCAACAUGAAUUCAAGAUAUUGAAUCCGGUUACAGACCAGUUUGAUGUAAUAAUACCGAACGCUCCAAUAGACAAAGAAGUCAAUCCAGCUUGCACAUUUGACAUAAGUAUCAUAUAUAAUGGAGUUCCAUUACCUGACGAAGCCACAAUUGAGAUUGAUUUUGGUGACAACUCGCCAUUAUUCUCUCAGACAUUCGCACAAACAUUAAACCACUUUUAUAGCUAUGCGGAAGGUGGCCAUUAUAUAUCAAAGAUACGAAUUUAUAAUGAUGCAUCUGAAAGUGUAAAAAAUAUCCUGACGGGAUGCUAUGAAGAUUUUUCUGCCGUCAGUAUUACGGUAAUGCGUAUUCCAGCGUUACCUUUGGGUAGUCCGCCCGCCUUAGGUUUUGGUGCAUUGAAUAAUAUAUAUAGUGGUAAUGAGGAGCUCAUCAUUUUCCCAACAUUUGCAAAAGGAACAUUGGUUUGGUAUGACGUAUCGGCCGUCAGUACUGACAAUAUAUACAGCUGUAAUAAGACGGAGAAGGACAAUAUAACAUUGAGUAUUCCUGAGGUAAGAGCUGUUUCUAUUCUAAUCACACGUACACAAAGUUCCUUGAAUAGUACUUGGAUAACGUGGAAAGAAGUACCAUGCAUACCCUAUUUUCUUACUUACACUUGCGGAGCUCCAAACGUCUUAUAA